GUGCGAUGUCAGUCAUGCGUGAAGUACCUCUAUUGAUUGACGCGUUUAGCGGGAAUCCAGUGAGCUGCGAUCGGAAGUGGAUAUGGCGGCGAGUUGAGUUGGUUUAACAUUGUGAAGAGCCUUUUGGGGCUUUUAACAACAAAUACCCCUGGAGAAGAUGGCUAAAUGGGAUUCUAAAAACCUGGAAAUUAAGAGCAAAUCUGUGGAACUAACUCUUGUACCUUUGGUUACUCAAGUAAGGGUGGCUGUCGCAUUUUGACCUUUGAUGAACAAGAGGACAUUAUAAAACUUUUCAGCAGAGAUCUAUUCUUUAGCGAAGGAGAAUCUUCACUUUAGCUUAUUUUUGUUUCAUCAUGGAAUUUAUAUUUUAAGAUAACUUUUGCACGUCUCAGUGUGUUUUUCGGCCAUUUUCGAGCGGUCUUUAACAUGGUGCUUUAUUAUUUUUCGCGUCGUAGAUUACAACCUUAGUUAACCACAAAGACCACGGACGCAGAACAGACCGAGCGAGGAAAGCAAUUCACGAAAUUGGAAAAGUUGUAGCAAUUGCCGUGGAGCGAUUUGUAAAUGUUGGGGAGCAAAUCGCUGAAGAAAACGAAGAUGUGGCGAAUGAAAUGCGGGAAGCAUGUGAAGAAGCUAAAAAAUCAGGACAAUCUAUUUUAAAUCUCACUUCAUCAGCCGGAGCGGAAUCUACGAGCGGCGAUGAUGGCGUGAACUUAGCUGAUAAGAAUGGGAUGGUUCGUGCGGCACGUUCCCUGCUUUCCGCCGUUACCCGAGUUUUGAUCAUUGCAGACUCUGUUGUUGUGAAAAGACUGCUCAAGGCGGUCAAAAAGGUAAAGAGCUUACAAAAAUCCCGCGACGUUAGCUUAAAUUUCAUGAAUUUUGUCUCGCUGAUGGACAUUCGCAAGGUCGCUAAGAUUGUUAAUUGAAGAUCAUUUGUUCGUUACAAUUGCUGUUGGCUGGUUCGACCUAUUUAUGCAAUGAAUAAAAAAUCUUAGUGCUAAAAAAGUUUAUUUUUUCAAUAACGUAUAAAGUUGGAUGUAUUUUCAAGCCAAUUGACGUCAGACAUUUGUUUAUUUCUUAAUUCAAGCACCCGCAACAAAGAGUAAACGGGAGUUCUUUACUAUAUUUCCUCUAAACAAUUCUCCUGCUUGAGUAGCAGUAACUUUCCCUUCUCUUUGAAAAUAUUGCAAAUUAGUUUGGUCCCUUGUUAUUUAAUUGAGUUUUAAGGAAAAUAGACUGCUAUAAAUUCUGCUGUCUUUUACGUGUUAUUUGCAAAUAUUUUAUGCAUGUAAAUCGAGAAUCGCAGCAAUAUUGGUAUGCUUGAAAAUAAUAUUAGCGGAACGUUUAGGGCGGUUUUUAAGAGCAUCCGGAGAUCUGUUGAGGAAGUAUCUAUCAAAAUUCUUCCCGCAGAUUUCAUUCUCAAGCAUGAUCUGGUGUUUAAUAAAUGUUAUUUAAAGCGUUUUAGCUGAAAAACAACUCACUCUAUGCUCUUUUGCAAAUUUUUGCCUAACUUUUUUGAAAAUAUUGAAUAAUUGGAUUAACAUUAUUGCAUCUCUAAACAAAUUAUGCCCACCUAAACCGACAUAUGGUUUUCUUUGUAAAUUCCCUAGAAAAACUGUUUGCAAACAAGUGAAGAAUACCUUUUCAAAACCCAAAAGGUUGUUUACCCAACUUUAUUCUAGUUUAGAAUUUAAGUUUGGAAGAUUUCUGCUAAUUGGUAAUUCUUUCUAAGCACCAAGAUAUUUUGAUACAUUUUUUCAUGGUGGUAGAUAUACAGAGGUCACAAUUUUCUAGUGUUUUGAUAAGGGGAUGAUUUGAGCAUUUUCGAGUGACUUUUCAAUUACCUGUUUUUAAGGCAUUUAAUUUGAACACUCUUGUGUUAAACAAAUAGGAGUUGUUUGUAAUUUUAAUCCACCUCAACCAUUACAAUGCUUGCCAGUUUGCUGUGUUAAUCUCUUUAAUUAAAUCAUGUGACCAAUUGGCAUUAAAUCUGAAUAACUCAAGAUGCAAGAUGUUGUGUUUUUAAACUUAAGUGCAUGAUUUAAGUUCUUAUAGUUAAACCCAUAAAACAAACUCCAACUAAAAAACUUGAAGGUUUUUAUGGUUUUCAUCAGAUCCCAUUCAAUUAAGAAGUACUUUUUACAAAUCUCUCAAGUACUUUUAUUGUUUUUAGGUUUGAUAUUCUUUGGACUUAAAAGUCAAGUUAAAAGCAUUUGUGAGUCCUAACAGUUUUCAGCUUCAAGUUUACUAUUUCACUUUCAAAGUGACAAUUUUGAAAACAUAAAUAGAGUGUUGCUAUUCAUUAUCUAUCAUCAAAAUGUGCUGCAAAAUAUACGCCAAUGAGUUCCUGAAAACUCCUUUCGCCUUUUCUUUCUGUCUCUAUGGGACUUUGAUUAAAACAGAGUUUCAAUGAUGUGUCAGUCUUAACACAAAAACUAAAUGUUGUUGUCUUUAUUACUUAACUAUUCCACAGGUGGAUGAUAGGCUGAAGGAACUAGAAAAUGUGAAUACAUUUACUGAUUUUGUGCAGGCAUUUAGCCAGUUUGGUUCUGAUAUGGUGGAGUUGGCUCAUUUAUCAGGGGACAGGCAAAAUGUAGGUAUACCAUAUUUAUUUAAUUAAAUGCCUUGGAAUUAAGUGCCCUGGGCACUUAUUAAUUUUUUGGACCUUAUUUUGAAGUAGGCGGUUAUUCAAAGCUGGGCACUUAUUAUCACACUGAAUCAGGCUAAUAAUGCAUAGUAAGCAGCUUUGGAACUCGCUCCCAAGGCACAAGUUCUUAAGCGCCAAGGCAUCUAGGGACAUUUGAAAUUUGGAGUUUCGGAAAUGACAUUUGCAGGGGUUUUUCAAGAAGUAUUUUCCACCACAGACUCCAUGUUGUUUCGUCAGAACACAGGUAAGACUGGGAACAAUGUCAUUGAAAUGUCCCAGGCAUUCCACGACAUUGCACAGUUCGAACAUUUCACGGAUCUAAACCUGUUUAAACAUGCUUUUAAUGUCAUUCAAAACUGAGAAAGGGAUGCUUUACAAUUUUAUUCAAUGGUGCUUAUUUUUUGUUAGAAGUUAUGGUAGGAGGAGAUUAAAGUAGCCUGCUAAGGAUGGCUAACUAGCCAGUGGUUUUGGCUGGUUACCGGCACUUAUUGACAGCCCUGAUUGAAUGUUGUUGGCUGCAUUAAACCCCUCUCUUAUGUGAACAAGUUUGGAGGCCCAUUUGCAAACAGUAUUAAACUGAUAAAAGCUGUAAUGUUGAUACCAUGAAAAGUUAUUUUCUUUUAUUUUUGCAGGAUUUGAAAGAUGACACCUUAAAAGCUGAGAUGGGUGCUGCAAGAUCAGUAUUGGAGAAGUCUACAAUGAUGUUACUAACAACGUCGAAGGUAUUCAGUUAUAAUUUAAAAAUUGCCCUGAGACAUUGAGUUGGGUACAGCUAUAGGUUGAAAAAAACUCCUCAAACAGAUCAGACAUAGCAAAGUAUAGCAGUUUAAUUUCAAGUAGACGGUAUGUUAAACUUUAUUUUGCACAAAAUGUAGUGAGUAAUUUUUUGUGAAACUGAUUGCAACAAAUUUGAUUCAAAUGAGCUUUAUUUGAUUCUAAUGUGGUUUGAUUGAUUGAUUUAUUUAAUGUCUUUUUUAGACCUGUUUGAGGCAUCCAGACUCAAGAUCUGCAAAGGGAAACAGGGAAGGUGUUUUUAAAAAAAUGAGAGAAGCUAUGGCAACAAUAACAUCUGUCGUUCAAGAUGAACCGAAAGAAGAGUCAGAAAAUGGAGGGUUAGCAAUGGAUCUUGGAAAUUUUGAGGCAAGCUAAUUGCUAAAACAAGCAAUUUUGCCACAGUUAGAUGUAAAUUUAACAUAGUUUAUGACUUCAAGGAACAGAACAGGGCUGUCAAAAAUUUUCUAAGUAGCAGGCUGAUAAGGAAUAGUAGGCAGCUUAAGGACCGAGACAUCUAGGGAUAUUUGAAAUCUAGAGUCUUGGAAAUAGCAUUUCAAGAGGCUUUCAAGAGGUAUUUUCCUCCGUGAACGCCAUGUUGUUUGGUCAGAAUACACACAAGACUGGGAAUAAUGCCAUCAAAAUGUCUCAGGCAUUCCACAACAUCGCAUGGUUCGAACGUUUCACAGAUCUAAACCUGUUUAAAUAUGUGUUCAAUGUCAUUCAAAACUGAGAAACGGAUGCUUUACAGUUUUAUUCGAUGGAGCCUAUUUUUUGUUAGCAGUUAUGGUAGAAGGAGAUGGAAGUUGCUGGCUAAGGAUGGCUAACUAGCUGGCAGUUUUGGCCACUUACCAGCCCUUAUUAGACCUGACAGAAGUGGCAUAAGAUAAUAAUUCCCCAUUUGAAUCACAAUGAUAAUAAAAUUAACAUUGUAAUGACGCUUCUAACAGUGCUUGUCAAUAAAGAAAAUAAUCUAUUUUACAAUCAAGACAUCUAAUCUUUGGUGAUAUAUGUUCACUGUAUGUUAUUAAUUUUAAUGUUCCAUUCUUAAACAGAGCAUUAUGGAAGCAUACAAACAAAGUUCUCCAGGUGACAGUGAAUGUAAGAUUAGAUUCCAAAAAGCCUUCACAAAGAUCCUGGAUGAUGUACAGUCUGUUAUAAAUUCUCCUCACACAAGAAAAGAAAAAAGAGAAAAGAUACUGGCUCUCUGUGAGAAUGCACAGGAUAUAAUGAAAGACAUUUUAGAGAAGCACAAAGACAACAAGAAGGUAACAGACAUAUUAGUGUUGGGAAUUAGCUUAGAUUGCAUGAUUUAUUUCAGAAAAAAAUGAAAUAAUCAUUGAUUAUUAUUAAAAAAAUUCUUUAAUAGAAUUUCAUUCUUUUAUCAUUAUUUGUCUUGGAACCUGGGACAGCUGGAUUGUGAGUAUGAUGUGCUAUUCGUUCAAUAUCAAAAUGCCUCUAAAUUGUUAUUUAAUCUUAGAUGGCACUGCUCUUCCCAUCGCUUAUAAAAGAGGUAAUAAACAGGGCAAUUAUUCUUUUGAAUAUUGCUAAAGAACAGUAAUAAAAUGCAACAUAACAUAAUACAUAAUUUAUACCUAUUUCUUCCCCUAUGAUUCUUAGAGUGUGCUUGUCAAUGGUUUGGCCACUAUGCUGCAAAAUAAUAUUAUGUAGAGAUGUAAUGUAUAAUUUUUUUUAUUGUAGAACGAAGACACAACCAGCAUUGACACAUUGGAUAUAGCUUUGCAGAGGAUAUCUAAAACAUCAAAAGAUCUCAAACAUGAGGUAACUGCUAAUAUUAUUGUUCACCUCUCUUUAAAGUGUUAAACCCACGAGUGGCUGAACUAAAUUUACAUUUCAUAAUGACUGUAUUUACCCAAAUGAUAUUGUGAAUGAAUUAUAACUUUCAGCAUUCUUUAAUUUUCUUUACAGGUUCAUCAAGUAGCAACAGACCAAGUGUUCGAGACUUUUUCGCAUUUAGGCCACAAAAAGUCAUUACCUGCUUUGAGAAAUGCAGCAGCAUCUGGAGGUACAAGUCAACUGGAAAACCUAGCUAAUGUAUUCACACAGGAUGCAAAACGAUUACAGGAGGUGGGUGCAAACAAAAGUCAUGACAGUCGCUUGCAAAAUAUAAUCAAUUUACUGUACUGAAAUGGUACAGUCUUUACGAACUCUUGCAGAGAAUGAGCAUGUUGAUAAGAUUUUUAUCCACAGAGUCUGAGUUUCGAAUCACGUCGCUCAGAGAAAUACACAGUACAUGUAUCCAUGUACCACAGUACAGGAAAGUACUGUUUGGUAACACCAAAGGAUGUCCUCCACAAACUCCAGAGUUAGAAGCCCUCCGGCUUGUACAGCAGAAUUAACAGUUCCACAAGAAAGUACUGUUCAGCAGCUACCAGUUGAAUGGUGGCACCAAAGGAUAACAUCCAGACUUAAAAGUCAGAAUCACCUUUAUAAUGUACAAUUCACAGGAAAGUACUGUUGCGAUUGAGAGUAAGAUAUUUUUUUCCUUUUAUUUAUCAGGUUUCUAAAGUAACCAGAAACAUGGCAACCAAUAAGCCAAUUGCAAUCACUGCAAAAAAAGUUGAAGAAAACAUUGAUACACUCUGUCCACAGGUUAGUGAUUAUUUGAGUCAGUAGAUCACACUAUUCAUACAUUUGCAUGUAUUAAGUAUAUUGGCAAGGCAGUGGUGAUGAUUAGGAAAUUAGGAAGAUGGCAAAAACGGAUGAUGAUGAUGGUUAUUAGGGUUACCAAUAUCUGUUGCAACUAGCUUUAGAGAUCAUGGCAAAAUAAGUGGAAGUAUGACUUCAGGUAGAUAUCCAUUGACAGCCUGUGACCACCUUGUUAACCCCGAAUCAGAGUGAUGAAAGGUGAACGAUGGUAAUGACCAUGAUGUAAAUGAUGAGGGUAAUCGUGAUGGUGUCAAUGAUGAUGGUGAUAAUGAUAAUGAUGAUGAUAAUAGUGAUGAUGAUGAUGUACUGUUGAGGAUGGUGCUGAUCGUAUUUGUGGUAGUGUGGUAGUUAUGAUAUAAGAAAACUUGUAUAAACAUUAUAAUUCAAUCAUAUAUCCAAUUUCUCCUUGAAGGUUAUUCAUGCUGCUAGAACACUUGCAGCCCACCCUGUUAGUAAAAUAGCACAAGAAAACAUGGAAGUUUUCGUCAAUGUUUGGGAAGCGCAGGUGGAAGAGCUGGGUAAAGUGCUUCGACUCAUUACAGCUGGAGGAGAUCCCAGUAAAAGUUAGUGUCAAGCAGACAUACAUUCAUUUAACCCCUUUAUUUUGUCUGUUAUUCUUUUUACAUUUUGAAAAUCUAAUAUCCAAACCAAUCAUUUUUUAUUAGAUGUACAUGUGUAAUAAUCCAAAUAUACAGCUCAUGAGAAAAACACAUAGAAAAGUUUAAAUGUUUCUGUUUAGAGGUGAAAGAAUUAACUUUCUACUUAUUUAAGAAAGGGCUCUACCGAGGGUGAUCACCAUAAUUAUUUGAAGUAGUAUGGAAAAAGGGGAGAGAAGUUGAGGAUUUGAAUAUUAUUAUUUUCGACAACAAAAUAUUGUAUUAGACAAAAGAAGCCGAGGCUCCAUAAAUUGUUACUACUCAAGCAAAAUCCCCUUACCCUGGGUUCAUAACUACACUGCCAGUUAAGUCUUUUUCCUUUGGGUGGUUUGGCCUCAACAAUUUCUGGAUGAAGUAUGGUACAUAUAUAGAUGAUGAUGAUGAUGAUGAUUAUGAUGAUACUUUUAUUUAAGUGUCAAACUGUUAUAGCUUUAAUAUAAAGACAGUAUACCAACCUAAAAACAUGAUUAAAUGAAAUGAAUGAAUCUAAAAUCAAGCAAAAAAGUGAUACAUUUAAGAGUAAAAUUUGAUUUUAGCAUGCGUUUAACAUUCAAACUUUUCAGAAGUAGUUUAUUAUUUACAUAUUAAAAAAUUAGCAUUGUAUACGUUACUAAUAAUUUGUUCUUUGGACUAUUAGGAUGGUCUUUUCGAAUGGAAACCUCCGUUUAAAGCCUGGACUCUUUAAUUAAUGAACAACAUAAAUUGCAUAUUGAUUAUUAAAUUACUAGAGGUUACAGUACUAUGUCAUAAUGUAUUAUAAAAACAAUAAAUAAAUUUGCAUAAGCACAUUGUUUAAUAACAGUGGCAAAAUGUUCAAACAGUAAAUCUACUGAUGGAGUAAAAAUGAGCUCUUUGUGAUUUUAACCUUAGAAUAAUAAUUAUAAACAAUAACAGUAAACCUAUGAAAUGAUAACAAUAUAGGAAUUUGUGGUUGCUGCUAAAAUUCUUUCAAUGUGUGCUGCUGUCAUCGGGGCCUGCAGCAUUAUUAGUAUGUACGUCAUGAGUAUAAAAAGAGAAAUCUUUUAAAAGAUCACAAUAGUAUUUGUGGAGUAACAUUUAGCAUUUAUUUUGUAGAAAGAAAGUUUUAAUGGAAAAUUGACGUAGUCAAAUGCCAUAAAAUACACUACUUAGGUUGUCCUUAAAUUUCUACUGUUUACUUUAUAUCACUGUAAAUAAUAGCAAUACUUUUCUGCUAAUUACAUUGUUUGAGCUUUCUAAGAAAUAUUUCUGUCAUUUUCUAUAUACAAGUGAUUCUUUUGAAGCACAUACUUUCAUACAUGACAAUUUUUAUAGUAACUGCUAGGUAUUUUUUGUGCAAAUUCUUAAAUAAAAAGUCAUUAAAAGUAAACUAAAAAUACCUACGUAUUGUAGUAUCAUCUCUAUUUCUUGAACCUUUGUUUCUCAAGACCUCUGUUGAUUCCAUCUACAACUAACUCCAAUCAAAGACCAUAACCUCUAUUUUAACCUUGAUGUUUUGUGAAAUUGGUUAAUGUUUUUUGAAAACUAAAAAAACAACAAACAAACAGAAAACAUUGUUCAUAAAAGCCAAUAAAGCUACUGAAAGCUAGGUUCUGAAUUGCUAUCUGAUCAGUGGGCAUGACAUUCUUUCCAUUGGUGUUCUAAAUAAAUUAAUAAAUGUUAGUAUCAUUUACAAUGUACAAUUCUUAACUAGUAUUUAAGCAUUUGCCAGUUUACUCUAUUAAUAGUUGUUAAAAAAGAGAAUAAAAAUUAACGUGUUUCUGUACACUUCUUGAAGUUGUGGUCUCGCGAUAUUAUAAGAUCUAUAAUAAUGAUAAUGGUUAUAAUGGUGUUAACCACAGCAAUUAAAUUGAUAGUAUUUGAAAGGGGAACUUUGAAGAGCAUUCAGUGAAACAGAGGAACUGAAAAAGUUUAUUGCAGUGUCCUGCAGACUGUCAGUGCAAUACCAUAAUAAACAAUACCCUUACUACAACACAAAAGCUAACUGACAAUGCCAAAAAACUACAAGACCUCACAAAAAAUGGUUUCUGUGACACCAAAAAACACCAUAUGCCUAAAGUACCAGAAAGUCCUACAUCUCUUCUUCAUGGAUCAACACCUGCAAGAGACAAUUUAGUGUCACUGUAAAUCCUUCAGUGGGCGCCCUCCUCUAGGCACACAUUAUUUUGGCACUUUGGAUGAUGUGAAAGAUCAAUAAAGAGAGAAAGAGAGAGAAUAAGUCAGUAUUUUCCCCAAAGUUUUUAACCAAAAAGUUUUUGCCUCAUGGUUAUAUGGCCAUGUAGGUGCUGCAUGCGCCGUAGAGGAAGGGCGCUUACUAGAGGUGGGUGCUUCACAAGGAGUUAUGGUGAGUCUUGUUUACCUUUAUUUUUCAUAUGCAGUGCAAUUUUAAGCCGAAGUAUUUUACACUGUCAAAAGAGGCAUGCAAGGAAAUAUUUCCUCCUUGCUUUGUUUAUUGCUUUUCCUGCAACAUUUGUGUUCAGGUGUUUGAAAUCUUUACCUUUCCCAAGCAAGUAUGUCCUUAGUGCCUUUUAAGGGUACAACUGUCCUAAAAAAAUUAUACAAAUAAAUUAUUAUUGUUAAAAAUAUCAUUCAUUUUCCAUGUAAAGUUUGAUUCCUACUGAGUAAUGUAAUGUUUUCUAAUCUCUAAGUUUUUUGUCUCACAUCACCCUUAACAAUCUAGUUAACAUUUGUCUUCUUAAAUGAGUGUAUAACCUUGAGUUAAAGUAGUGUAGCAUAACCUUUUAAUACUACUGACUUAGCAAAACCUAACAAUCUAACAGCACACUGAUUUAAAGAAACUGAAACAAUCUUGAAGUGACAAAGAAGGAAAAUAACACCUUAAUUACUUACUGGUAGAUUUAAUAAAGGCUUAUGGCCUAAUAUACAGUGUUCUAGACUGCAAUUCUGAGUGCAAAUCUUCUGCAGUUCAUUGGUUUUAUGUUCUGGUCAUGCUAAGAAUCAUGAUUUUGUAGAAUAAGAAGUUUGCAUGGUUGUCCUACCCCACUAAGAAUACUAGGGUGAUUCUGAAAUGAAAUAAUGCCUUUGUCACAGGAAAGGAGCAAUAUUCUAAAUGGCAGUUGCUCUACAAUAAUGUAUCUCACAAGAAAAUAAGAAAACCCUUUAGUUCACGAGAGGGCAGAAAACUAAAAAUUCAAGAAAAGCUGAACUACCGUAUUUAUUCGAUUAACCGCCCUGGGCGUUUAUUAAAUUUUUGGACCUUGAGAGUGGGCGCUUAUUCAAGGUGGGCGCUUAUUCCAGGCUGGGCACUUAUUAAAUUUUCACCAUUUUCAGCAAGUGAAGUAUGUUUAUUUUGCAGCAAAACAAUCAAUGGUAAUAACAAAACGCAAAGAAGUAACAAAGCAAGGGUUCUGUAAAAUACGCUGAAGAAAACUCCGUACUCGGGGAAGUCUCUUUUUAGAAUUUAUUCACUCAAGUGGGUGUGGUGGGGGUGAGCGCUUAUUUGAGUUUGAUUGGGAGGAGGAGGGGUGGGCACUUAUUCAAGGCUGGGCGCUUAUUCGAGGUGGAAGCUAAUUUGAGGUUGGGCGCUUAUUCGAAUAAAUACGGUAUUGAAGAAUGAAAAAAUUGAUACAAAGUGACAUUUUUGUUAAAGAGGUUUCAUGAGUCACAAAUAUUGUGGGAUUUCAUUUAUAGAGUCAAAAGUUAGAACUACCAAAUUUGAUACAGCAUUACACAUUUCCACCGACUAUCGGAGUAGAAGGUCGUCAUCAGUAGUAGAAAUUUGGUUGCAGUAAAAUUUCCUAAUAUCCUUGAUCUAGAAACACAUUUUAGUGACACUUAAUCUUGCAUUAUUUUUAAUUUUCAGGGAGCCCCAGUUCACGACAUAAGAGAAGUGCCUAUAAUGCAGUGUAUGCCACUCUUUGACAGAUGGAGUCAUGUUUGGCUUCGCAAUAAUGUUAUCCUCUAGGCUUAAACUCUUGUAAUUCGGUAUUCACUAGAAAUCAGUGUAUUAUGAAAAGGAAAUACUGUACCGAUCAUAUGUAGUCUCUCGCAUAUUUUUGAUUUGUUUUUCUUUAUUUGCCACUGAACCAUGGAUGGUGAAUCUAUAAAUUUACAGGCGCCACCAAUGACUCUUGGGCCAGGCCUAUUAUUAGGGCCUUGUAUAAAGCUAAGUUAAAGAGUCAUAUCAGAAAUUCUGAGAUUAUGUUUGUUUCUGGAAAUUUGAUGUGAAAGGCAUUAAUUUAACUGGUUGAAAGCAAAAUAUUGUACACUUCACGUGAACUAAAGACAGACAGCACGGAGGAGAGGAUUGUUGUAGACAUCAGUAAAAUUGAUCAUAAUUCACAAGGCAACCUAUGUGAGCCUUUUCCUUUUUGCUGAAAGUUUUAACAUCUGUUAUUAUAAUUAUGUAGUAUAUUAUUACUGUUGCAGCUGAAAAUGAAUUUUAUUGUGAGUCUAGUUUUAAAUUUGAGGGUUUUAUUACAGUGGGACAUAUAAAUAUUUUUCUCUAUUGGUAUAGCACUGUAACCGGUCACAGUUGGCAUAGCAAAUUAGCUUUUGAAACCAUUCCAAUGGCUGUUUUGUCAAUCAUAUUAAAUGUAAGUUUGCAUAAUAAUAUUAAUAUUGUUUUAAUCACAUGAUUAAAGAUUAAAGAAUGCUUGCCUAAUUAUUGCUUUAAUAAGAAAUUUACAUUAGUAUGCUGAGCAAAAUGAUUUAAAGUUUUAUAGUUGGUUAAGCUACAACUCUUAAUUUUAAUAAAGAACAGUUUUGUACAUGAGUAUUCUUGUUCUCUUUCUACCUUAAGGGUUAUGAUAUAUGUCUUUGCCAAUUUCCAAAUUUUGUGGGGAUGGGACCCGAUGGUGUUAUUAUGUUAUGCUCACAAUCUGCAAUGUAAUCCUUACGUAAUCCUGGCUGGGUAACACUCCUGUAGAUAAAUCAUAUAUUAUUUUGUCUUCAAGCUGCAUAUAAAGGUUGAAGAAACUGCAUCAACAGUGUAAAGUGCCCUUUUUUCUGUAAGAUUGCUAUGAUCAAGUUCUGACCAGAAAAAGAGUAGACUUGCAUCCCUUGGUCUUGGUCAUGGCAGUUUUUAGCUUAUGAAACAAUAAAUUGUGAGCUUUAAAAAUACUACCCUGUUUGUAAAGAAUCUCAUUACUUUCUUACUGGAAAGUUGUGUUCACCUCAGGCAAUGGAACAGAAGAAGAAUCAGUGAAGAAGACAAGUGAAUCCCGUGUGGAGCAAAUCUUGGUGAGUUUAAAUAUUCAAAGUUUAAAAUUAUAUAAGAUGUAUAUUUUUCUGCAAUUGGUGCAAUUAAUUAUAUAACCAUGGCAACAGUAACCUUUCACAUGUGAAGAUAACAUGUUAUUUUCACAUUUGAAGUUGUCAUGUGUUUGCACAAAAGCUCAUGCCCACCCAGUAUUUCAUUGGUGUUUAUAUAAUAAAUAAUAAUAUUGAUGGAGUUUACAAUUUUUAUUAUUUCAUCCACGUGGUGAUUUCACAGCAAAGAUCCUCCAGCAGACGCAACAGUUGUGAUUCUACGGAAGACAAUGAGGAGCCUGAGAAAGCAGUGGUAGAUUCUAAGGUAUUUUUUUAAUUAUGUUACUUCAACUUGAUAACAUCCUCUUUCAAGGAUAAUGAAAAUAAUAUUGAACUGACAACUUAAGGCAUACUUACCGGUCAUGUUAAACUUACAAAACCAAUCAUAAUGUCCUAAGCUGUAACUGGUAAAGAAUUUGUUUGAUUUUAUCCAAACACAGGAACAAGAAAAGCUUGGAAAGCUGAUAACGAAUGUGAAUCUGAUGACAUCACAGCUGGAGCUGCAUUACCUUGAAGACACAGAUAAUGAGAUUGUGUUUAGAGCCAGAGAAAUGUCAGAGAUGGUCAAUGAAAUGUAUCUUUUUACAAGGUUGGUCCUUAGUGACACUUACUGUAUUACGCUGUUCAAUAAUAUCAAUUUUACAGUAUUUUUUGUACAAAUGUAUGUCUUUGAUACCAAAUUGUUGACAUCUUUUUCUUUCACAGUGAACUGAUGCAUGCACUAUAUGCUACUUAGUUUUCACGCAGUUGUCUUAAACAAAUUUAAUAUUAUAAGGCAAGAUUUAGAGUGUAAAAAUAAAACUGUAUGCCAAAAAUGAGGAGAAAAAGCUGAUAUUUUUUGAGGAACUUUUUUAAAGAAAAUUUGAAAAUUUGGGAAUGCUAAACUGGCACCAAUUUCAAGUGAAACUGAAUAAAAUUACACUUAAAACUGUUAUACACUGGUAAGAAACAAUACAAUAGAAACUAUACUUUAGUCCUCUGAACAUAGGUAAAAGAAAAGGAAUAUUAAACAUACAGAACUAAUCUGGACUAGUAGAAAAACACAUUAAAUUAAUUGUUGUAUUUUUUGGCUUAUUCUCUACUGUAAAAUUCAAUAGGGGAGAGGGUCUGCUUCAGAGCACAGAGGAAUUGUUUGAAGCCUCUCAGGUAAAUAGCAGUUAAAGCAAAACUGUUGGUACUUUGUUUGUUGGUACUUUACUUUGUAUCUACAGUGGAACCCCACCGUACGACCACCCUGUUGAUACAACCACUUUGUUAUUAUGACUUUAUUCUUUCGACCCAAACAGAAAAAUCACUGAGUCAUUUUAUCACGUUGAAGACGCUGUUAAUACAACCACUUCAUUAUUACGACCAAGAUUUUAUGGCCUAACAGUGGUCACAUUAACGGGGUUCUAUUGUACUAAUUCCUGAAAAUACUUUAAAUUUAAGGCCUUAAACAUAGCAAGGAGGCUUCCUUGAAUUUGUUUGUGCAAAAUAAAUUAUAUUAAGUUUUGCAAAACCUUUCUAAACACGAUAUAUAUGCUAAGUUGCUCCUAUUUGAAAUCUUUUUGAAAACCCUCUACCCACAGUCAAGAAUACAAGCCAUACUCUAUCUAUGCUAAAACAACAGGUGACUAAAAUAAAUUUUAUUUUAGUGGCCUGUUGUUUUAGCCUUCUAUUUAAUAGAAAUAUACUUAGUAAGUUUUUCUACUCUGAUUUUUAUCAUUUUUAUUAUUUUCCUUGUGUUGCAGAACUUUGCAGAUGCAGGUCGGGCACUUUAUAGAGUAGCAAGAAAAUAUGCCUCAAAGGUAAAAGUUCAGUGACUUCUCCUUCCAAGACUGACCUAAGAAAAAUGUAUAUCAUUCACUAUAUCAUUCAGUAUCAACACAGUAUUAAUAUUGGACUGAGUGGAGUCCAAUUCGGUCUGUAAUCAUAUGAGUGAUUAACAAAAUCAGACUACAACCCUACAGAAUGAUUAGCGAAAAAUAAAGCAGUUGAUGCACCAAUCAAAUUUGAGGAAAUGGUAAUGGUUAUGAUUAAUAGCACCAUGUUACUCCCAUUUUCACUAAGUCAUCCACUGUUUCCUUCAUUUCGAAAACUAAUGGAUGUUCCCUCUCCAUAACUCAUUAGUCACUCAGCAAACUCUGAGAGUGAAAGAUUUACAAACUGUGAAUUAUAAGUUGCUCAUUAUAAAUUUUCUUAUUUUUAAAUUGAGCCAUUUUUGCUAUUUACCCACUGCCUUAAUUUUAUUUCACUCUGUUGAUAGGCAGAAGAAAAUCCCAUGAAAAAAGAACUUUUAAGAUGUCUGGAUAAAAUCCCUGCUUACUGUCAGCAACUCAUGUUUACCAGUAGAUCAUUGGCAGUUGGACAGUCUGCUUGUUGUCGCAAGGUUAGUGCAACAUGUCUUUGGUUUAUUUUUUAUUGUAAUCUCAUGUUAGUUCCAUCACUUUCACUAAUACUCAAAUCUCAUUCUUCCAGAUAUUUUUUCCUUCCUUUUCCUAGAUUUCACGCACAGAAUUUAAGACAGCCUUGACUUUAUGAAAUGAGGCAUUUAGCUAGGGCCAAUUAACAAGAUAACUUUUGUGGGCAUGAGUGAACACAUUGAUUUGUCUUUUUUAGGUAUGGGGAGUGAUGCAUUUGACAAAGAAUAUCAUAAAAAUUGUUGCACGAGUUGUUAACAGCUGCUAUCUGUUAGCAGAAAGGGUAAGAAGAUUCACUAUACCCACCCAAUGUAGGAUCACUGGAAAUCCAAGGUUGGGAGGAGAUCUAGAUGGUGCCUUAGAGGCCAUGAACUUUUAAUGAAAGUAAAAAGCUAAACUGGAUUUUCUAAGGGAGCAGGGGGGGUGGUUGGUGGGUGCUGCAAACAGCAAACUCUUUUGUUGGAAGAGGCAGUAUGACUACUUUCUAUAAAGGCAAAUUAUAUUGAAUUUUCCACCACUGAGAAAACUGUUUUAACCAUAAACCCCUGAAAUUGUGUCCAAAAAAAAAUUGCAUAAUCCUUGAAGUUUCACAUUAACUGCAUUUUUCUUUCUGUCAAAAAUCUUGUGGUGCCUUCUGCUAAACUGAAAUUUUAUUUCAGCUCAGUCUCUUAAUUUUUUUUUCAAUUGUACUUGGACACCAUGAUGUUUAAUUGUCAGCCUGUUUUCCGUGGCUAUGAAAUAUUAUAACAAGUGAGAGUGAAACACAAGUUUGCUUUCCUCUUUAGAAUUCUCCUCUCAAGUUACCACCAGAUCAAAGAUUAUGGAAAAUCGAUGAGAGUAUUUUCUCAGAGGAAUCAUCAAUAGCCACAUUGUCAAGACGUUCCUCUCUACAGAGUCUUGAGUGUAGUGAAUAUGAGCCUCGAACUACCGUUGAGCAUUUUGGAGGAACAGUAUACAAGACAGAGUUGUAAUAUUUUUAGUGCCUGCUUCAGACAGCCUACAAACCAAGUGCUUUGUACCUGGUCUAAACACUCCCAGGGAGUUACCCUGGAUUUCAAGUGACAGGGAUGAUUGAAGGAUUUUGGGGGGUUUGAAAUAUUCAAUUUUGGGAUUUUUUCAGGUAGGAAAUUUUGGCAAGAAUUUUUUUGGGUAGCUUGAUUUAAGUAGGUAUUUUUAAAGGGUAUUCAAAACAAUAUCAAGAUUCAUGAUAGUUCCUGUAUAUCCUGCAUAGUUCGCAUAGUUCCUUUGGAAAUUUUUACAACUCAGAUAUUCAGCAUGGGAUUUUUUUGGGGUAUUGUGUUAAGCUGUAGGGAUUUUUUGGGGUUUUGAAUUUUGCCCCCAUUCGAUCAUCCCUGUCACUUGAAAUCCAGAGUACCCCCUAGGAAAACACCAGGUAGCAUUCUUCUCUGCAAAUCCAGGACAUUUUCAUAUGCAAACAGGGAGAUACUUUUCAAUUAAUGGACCAGGCUUUAUAAGUAUAACUGUAGCUUUGUUGUCUUUGCAUAAAUCAUUAGGUUUGCUCAUGAAAACCAGGUAUUCUAAUUUUAGAAUAC